AGAGAAUGAAAGUUAGGGGCUGAUGCUCUACGUGAAUGUCUCGUAUUCAAUUAACCUUCCUCCAAGGUUGCCCUACCUUCAAUAACGCAGUGCUUAGGUAUCUGGGGUAUAUGAAGGCAUCAAUAUAAGUAUCAUAACGCUUUGUUCGAACCUGCGCCGUUGUUGGAAUCCUCCCCGAAUUUCCGAGUUUGGCCCAAGCGCAAGUUACCCCUCAUUUCGAAAUAGGACUCGGCUCCUUCUUUGUGGCCUGAGAGAUUUCCUAAGAAUUGGUUUAAUACGCAUUGUUCGACAUGUCCGAGUAUCCUACUGUUGAGGGCGAAAUCCCCUUUGUGGCGCCGGGUAGCGGGCGCGUUUGUACUACAUGGUAUAAAAUUGUUGGCGACCUUAAGAAUUCGACAUCUCCACCUCUCAUAGCCCUCCACGGGGGUCCCGGGGCGGGCCAUGAAUACCUCGCCUCACUUAUAGACUUAUUCAACCAAUAUGGGAUCCCGAUCGUGUUCUACGACCAAAUUGGUUGCGGGCGCUCCACACACCUACGAGAUAAGCUGCGCGACGAAUCCUUCUGGACCUUCGACCUCUUCAUCGCCGAGCUCGAUAACUUAAUCGACCACCUACUACUCCGCUCUAAGGGUUUCUACGUGCUAGGCCAGAGCUGGGGCGGCAUGCUCGCCGGGAUGUACGCCGCGCGUCGACCAACCGGGUUGAAGAAACUCGUCAUAGCGGGGUCCCCCGCUAGUUUCCCCCUAUUCGUCGAAGGCGGAAAACGACACCGCGCCGAGCUACCGCUGGAUAUUCAGAGGAUUCUAGAGGAUGGCGAUCGUACGGGUAAUCUCGAAACACCGGAGUACGAACGCGCGAGCGCGGUGUUUUAUAAGAAACAUGUAUGUCGGAUCGAUCCGUUGCCGGCGGAAGUACAGCAGGCGUUUGUUAAUUUGAGGGAUGAUCCUACGGCGUAUCAUACUAUGCAGGGCCCGUCGGAGAUCGUGGUUGAUGGGAAUUUGAAAGAUUGGGAUGGGGAGGAGGAGGCGAAGAAUAUUAAUGUGGAUACGUUGUUGCUUAAUGGGAGGUAUGAUGAGGUCUCGGAGUUGUGCGUCGAGCCUUGGUUUCGGUCGAUUCCUAGGGUGAAGUGGCUGGUUUUUGAGAAUUCGAGUCAUAUGGCGCAUUGGGAGGAGAGGGAGAAGUAUAUGAAAGUUGUUGGGACAUUUCUUACGUCUUAUUAGGUAAGUGAACAUCUGAUCUGAUUUACGUAUGACUACCUAGGUAGCUAACAGACUGAGUUUGCC